UUCACUCUUCAGGUAAUCUUCACUCUUUUUACAGUAAUUAACAGCAUAAUUUUCAUUGCUUGCAUUUUUAAUUUGUCUAUUGAGAAUUUGGGAUUAUUUUUCUGGGGAUUUUUUGUGUGUGUGUGAGAUUUUCUGGUGUGAAUUUUAGGCAUAAUUCAUGUUUGUAGCUUCAUAGUACAGCUGGGUUGAACUCAAGAUCAUAAAUAAACAAGUACUCACUCCGUUCCGGAAUACUUGACCUGUUUUCAUUAUUGGGCCGUCCCUUAAUACUUGACCUGUUUCUAAAAAUGAAAAUAUUUUAACAAUAUUAUAUUAUUUUUUACUCCACCCCUUUUAUCCCACCUACCCAUUACUCCAUACAAAAAAUAAUUAAAAAUUCAACCCCUACUCUCCCCCAACCCCACCUCUUUACACAUUUCCCACUAACUACAUUAAAAUAUACCCCACUAUCAACUACUACCUAUUAAAUUAAAUAAGUCAAUUCAAGUACCUUAAACUCUGUGCCGGUCAAACCGGAUCGAGUAUUCCGGGACGGAGGGAGUACUUACUCUGUUUCAUAAUAGUCCAUCGUAAUCCGUGAGUUGCAAUUUGCAAGUAAUCAUAUACGGAGUAUUAUAAAACCCCAAUUAUGUUAAUAUGAAUAUGAAUGUUGCUGGGAUGUGAUUUGGUCUUUUGUUCUUUUGGAAAUAUACAGUUGAAAUCAGCCUUAAAAGUGUACUCUUAUUCCUAAAGAAUUGCGGCUUUAACUUGUUGGGGGAUAAUGGUGUAAAAUCAGCCUUAAAGUGUACUCUUAUUCCUAAAUAAUUGCGGCUUUAACUUGUUAGGGAUAACGGAACACCGUGUGGUACUAACUCGUGUGUGAUUAACAAUAAAGAAGAUCAAUCAAACAAGUAAGCAAACCAAAUAUGAAAACGAAGAUCAAUCAAACAAGUACCUUGGUAACCCGAUUGCCGGGAGAAAACCCACCAAUAUUCUAUGAAAAACAUGAUGAUGAAGAACAACAACAAAGAUAUGGAACCUUUCAUCGACCAUAAACCGAUGAAAGUUCCUCCUUAAACUCUCCCUCGCUUAACCCUAAGUGUAUGAGACUAUGAGCUUAUACGAGGCUACAUCUUUGCUCUCUUUCUCUUUAGCAUCCUCUAACUAAAAUGCUUACAAUGAGUGUAUACAUUGUUAGGGCGGUCAUAAAUAAGCCACGUGGCUCAUAAACGACUUAGGAACAAAACAAACCGAAAAUCAGCUGCGGAGAAACACGCACCCGCGGGCCGGGGACCCGGGGUGCGGGUUUUUUCCGAGGGGGCCGGGGACUUGGCGGGCGUUUUUGCCGAGGAGUUUCAAGGCAAGAUUGCCAGGGCGCGGGCAGGGACCCCGCACCCGUGGGCUUUGAUGCGGCUCCUAAAAAUGCUUCCCCCAAGUUCCUUAAUCACUUGUGACCUCCCUUAUGUUCUCUUGUUUGUUUCCCUUGAACCCAUCUCCACAUGCAUACAAACCCCAACAUAACUAAUUUCAUUGUUGUCACUUUUAAGAAAUAAAAAAAACUUCCAUUAAAUAAAUCAUACAAUAAUCCUUAAUCCUUAUUAUGGAAUUGAGUGGAAAAUAUAAAUACACGCCUAGGAAAAGUGGAGUUAUGUGUAUUUCAAGAGAAAUUUAGGAGGAAGAGUAUGCCCAACAUAAUUUCAACAAUUAUGAAGUACUCCCACCCGUUUCUUAUUGAUCUUCAUGUUUUACUGUGCAUAUUUGUCCAUGCACGACGUGGACUUUCAAUAUCUUUAGUUUCGUAUUAAUUAGUAAAAAAUAAUUUAAAAUUUGAUAUUUUUAAAGCAACGAAUCAAACAAGACCCCACAUGAUCAUGUUUUUUCUUAUAUAUUAAGGAUAAAGUAAUAGAUUCUUUUAAAUUUUAAAUAGUUGUAAGAUUCCAAACAUGAAGAUCAUUAAGAGACGAAGUGAGUAUAAUAAUUGUUACUUCGUAUUUACUAUAAAUUAAUGAUCUUAGUAACAGGAUAAAUAAAACAUCUCAUUGUCCUCUCUUAAACUACUACUUCCUAUGCAAAUGCUAAAGCGACAACUAUAUAGUAACGAAGAGAUUAUUACGAGUGUCUUUUUCCACUACUAAUCAAAUUUCUAGCACUUCCACAAUCCCAAAAUAACAGUCACACAAGUAUAAUUCUAGCACGUGAGCUAGAAUUGUUAUCGUCUCUACUCAUUCCAUCUCUAUCGGUCCAUCCCCAUAUCUAAAUUGUAACAUCAUUAUCAAUUUGUCAACAUAUGGUAACCUUCUUUCUGGAGACUUCUCCUGUCAUUGUUCUUGACUUCUUGCCCUAUUUAAUUUUCAUGGUUGUUUUUUUAUCAGUAAUACUCCCUCCGUUCCAGAUUAGUUGUUACACUUACCUUUGCACAAAAUUUUAGGUCGUAAGUGGUUGUUUGGUUAUCAAUUGUUAUUUUAUUAAAAAAAGUAGAUGUGAUAAGAGUUAGUAGGGUAUUUUUUUAAUUGAAUGAGAGAGGGUGAAGGGACAAAAAAAAAAUUAGUGGGAAGAGACAUACAAUAUAAUAAUUGUAGGGUCAUUCCUAAUUUAGAAGUGUAACAACUAAUCUGGGACGGACGAAAAAUAAAAGUGUAACAACUAAUCUGGGACGAAGGGAGUACAUGACUCUGUACAUUUACUUAAUGUGCAUAAUUUCCUAUAUUUCUACUAAUUAUGUUGACAGUUUUGUCUUCUAACAAUUAUUGGCCAGUGAAAUCUCCACAAUUAGAUUGUGGAUCAACUGACAGCCCAUUAUUAAUUGUGACUGUUUUGUAGUCUAUUAUUGUCCUAGAUAUUUUCUUCUUAUUUGGUAUUAUUUCAAAGGUUUAUGGAAAACUUUCAACUACUCAUGUAGUAUGUUCUUUUUCCUUUGAUUCCGAGCGCCUCAUGUGUGUUUAAAUAAGAGUAUUAUGGUCUAUACAACGACAAUGUUGGUGAAUUGGUUGUGUAAGAGGGCAACUACUGUUGGAGUAUAGACAUCUUAUCAGAAUUUGAAGCUGUUUCAUUGAGUCAAACCUCGAAAGCCAUUUGAUCCCAGGUAGAUACAGAUAGAGAGAGUGAGAAUUCUUAUGAUGGCAACUACACCAUCUGAGAUAAUAGACAAUGGCAUACUCCCAAGAUUACCUGCAAAAUCACUUUCGCGGUUUAAAUGUGUUUCCAAAAAAUGGUUAGCCUUAAUUUCAAGCCCAGAAUUCAUUCACCAACAUCUCACCUAUGCUGCAAACUCUACCUCAAACCACCUCCUCAUCCUCACUAAAAGUGAUCAUAAUCUCUAUUUGUUCAACAUAGAUAUGCCUGAAACUCCUGCUUUCAAGCUACCCAGUUUUGGGAUUGACCCGUUAGUUGUUGGGUCGUGUAACGGGUUGCUCUGUAUUCAGAGUUACAGGCCUUACUGUCUUGUUGUUCUUAAUCCAUCAACUGGAAGUUAUAAGGAAAUCCCCACUUUACUUCCGCCAAGAAGAUACUCUGCUCUGAAUUUCGGGUUUGGGUAUGAUUUCAGAAACGAUGAUUACAAAGUUGUUAGAAUCGUUGACCGUUCUCCUUCAAUGGGGUUCCUUAGUCAUCGAGUUGAUAGGAUAGUUCAUGUUUAUAGCUUGAACUCAAAUUCAUGGGAAGUAAUUGAGUGGAUACCCCCACAAGAUUCAAUGGGAGGUUGUCAGAAUGGUGCACUUAUCAACAAUCAUCUUCUUCAUUGGAAGUUUUGGAGUUUACAAGAAGGUAAAUAUAGGAUCCGUUGUUUCGAUCUUUGUGAAAAACAGUGGACUAAUGAUGUUCCUUUACCAGACUGUAUGAUAAUGAGUUCAAACUCUCAUUCUAGAUUGCUGGAUUUUGGGGUUUUGGAUGGAUGUUUGUACUUGUCAGAUAAGAAUCUGGAGCAAUCCGUUGUUGAUAUAUGGGUUAUGAAUGAGUACGGCGUGAAACAAUCUUGGGUUAAGCUGUUUAAAAUAUCGGAUUCAAGUGUGUUUCAAUCGUUGCGAGUUUCACCUGUUGCCUACCGUAGUCUCAGCCAUCGGGUUUUGCUUAGGAUGACAGUUAACAAAACUGAACAUAAGAUUUUGUGGUAUGAUAUUAAGGGUGAGGAAAUAGCAGAAAGUGGUGAAAUCAAUGGGGUUGUGGAUUGUGUUUGGGUUGAUGUAUGUAAAGGCAGCCUUAUUUAUGUUCCUCGUGGUUCUCAAAUCGGAACAACGAAACAGGACGAAGAGAAAGAAGCCAUCUCAGCAACAUGAGCAAUGAGCAAUUGAGCAGCUCAUUGAGUUGAUGAUUAACAGAAGUCAAGUUACUGAUGAAUGAUGAUGCUGCUUAAUUUGUGGAUGAACUGCUAAUCAGUCGUUUAAGGAUAAUCAAUCAGCCAUUCUUGUAUUCGGUACAAAUUUUUCACAUUUCUGCAACAACGGAAAAUAAAUCUGUGUUCAAGAUUUGUACAGCAGUCUCGGGCACUGGCCAUUUUUUCGGUGUGCUGCAUGUUUCAGGUUUUUUUGGGUGUGCUGCUGCUGCUGUUGUUGUUGUUGCUGUUGUUGUACUUGUUGUUGCUGUUGUUAUUGUUCUACUUAAAUGAAGAAAAUAUGUUGAUGAAAGAAAACCAGUACAGAAACGAUUUGACCUUGUUUUAGUACCUAUGUUGAUGAAAACCAGUACAGAAACAAUUUGACCUUGUUU